UAGCAUUACGGCUUGUUCGGUUCGUACAAGGGUUUCCGCUAAUCUUAUUAAGCAAAGUGGUAACUUGUGACGACAGAUUUGGAAAAAAAACUUCAUAAUAAGAAGAUUGUAUAGGACCAGAGUCGAGAUAUAGCUCACUUCAAGGCUGAAAGCGAAGAUCUUUUCUAAUAACCAAAUCGAAUUAGGUAUCUGCAAGCCUAAUGGGCAUCACAGCAAUCACUGAGUUCCAGAGUGAUACAAGUUGAAUACCAGUACAAUAUUCCUGCUAGAAACGACGUCUUCCAUACACCCGGCAAACGAGAGAAUAUUACAAUAAAGCCGAUUUGCCUGUCCCAAUCCUAUUUAAAAAACAGCUCAGCAUUGGAUAACAAGUCAACUGAGAACCAUCACUCGGAGAGCGAUUCGGGUUGAAGGCGCGAGCUACCUUCUUCGUUCGAUGUUUUCUCUGGCGUUUACUGCAAGCUUAUUAUCAAACUGAGUGAUAAAAAUCGAACAGAGAUCUUAAUUCAGCCAACUGGGACAAAUUUAGUUGUGCCAUAUUAAGCGUUGUGGUCUGAAUCGCGGAUAACUAGACCGUAGAAAAAGAAUAACAAGCUAUCUCACCGUUACUUUAAAUAUGUUCGCCAAGAUACAUCGCUUAAAUAUGUAUGGUGUGAGAGCGAGUGGUAAAUUAUUGACUAUCUACACUUGGGUCUACCUCGACACAACAGAUGUUUAGCUAGCUUGAUGCCGGUGAACUAUUUCAGUUUAUCAAUACUACGUCGAGUAUUCAACUUUAAUAGUAAUUAUGGAAUCUGUAGGAUUUUUUUACAUCCUCUUUUUUCUCACUAUUCUCUCGAUAUUGGGGAUUUCCAAAUCUUCAAGUCAACAUAACAACAUUUCCUGUAAUGCAACUGUGGAUUGUAAAGUCAAUGGGAACCUUUCUUACUUCUGCUGUAAUAAUAUUUGUCGAUUUGACUCAGAUUGUCGACACAACUCGUCUUCAGAGGAGAGCAGUAUGAAUGACACUAAGCCAGUCUAUUCUGGUCAAUCGAAUUCCAAUGUUAAUUUGAAUCAGUCACGUCGGUACGAUGAUUUCUGCUCAAAAGACAACGACUGUAAUUCAAGUCACAGAAUAUGUAUUUCCUUUGAAUGUUUGACUACGAGUGCAAAGGAAAAUAUAAAAGACUGCCAGCGUUGUGUACUAAUCGACUGUAARGACGGCCGCUGUUAUAAUUUGACUAGUUCGGUUGUACCAACAAGUAARCCUGGCGAAGAAACUAUAACUACUUUACAGCUCGUAUUAUUAUUCGGUUCGAUGGGAGGAAUCUUAAUUUUCAUUAUCAUAGUGUAUUGUGUUAAGACUUUCACCGAUAAUCGUCGAAGACAAUAUUUAUUAAAACACGGAGUCUGGGAUAACCCACCAAAUAAAGAAGGCAAGGAUAAAGACGACAAAGGAGAUGGGGAUACGAAACCUGACUYGAUUCGACAGCUAAGGAAACUGGAAGUUCCCACCAUUACUUUGGAAACGGAAACAGACUUUAUAAGGAAAAAGAAAAACAAGGAGACUUCCAAAGAUGAAAUAACAGACACGGAAGGACUACAUGACUUUGCUAUACAAGACAGCAAACAACAAAAGGUAAAAACUAUUGCAGAUCAAGGCAUAUCAGAUACAAAUCAGCAUGUAAAUCCUUCCACAAAUGCGACAAAGCAUCCAUAUUGCGCUCAAAAAGAAAUYGGCGAAACAAUAGGCUCGCCUAAAAAUAUAAGAAUGCCUACUGAUUGGGACAAUGAAGAUGAAAAGACGCCUUUGACAGAAUCCCCAAAGCAGAAAAGAUUUGCCAAUCUAAUGAAAACUAGAAACAACUCGCCAACCAAAAUAAUAGCUAAUGGUGCACCCGAUAACUCUCCAAAAUUUGGCAAACACAAACAUAACUCCCCUUCUGUACAGCUCUGUGAACCGGAAAAUUUCAGUGAUUUUGGAAUGUAAAGUGCUUUGAGGAGUAUAUUGUUUGCUCUGCAUGGCAGUAACGGUUAGCAGCUUGUUUGACUUGGCUCGUAUCUAUCUAAGCAGUUGCUCAAAUGGUUUCACUAGACAAGAACUCAAUUAUAAUCGAUUCCUAUUUCUCGUUUUUUGGAAAUAUUUGGCGAAAUUUCCGAGGUUUUAUCGGCGCCUUUUUAGCGAGAUAUUUUGAAGCGAUGGGAUAGUUUACAAAUUGAAUUACAUUUGAAUUUUUACUCACUUAGGAACGGAGAAAAAUGUUACCGGGUUGUGCAAGCAAAGGAUGUCAAACUUACUGAAUGAGUGAAGUACAACCGAGGGGUUCUACAGCAAAAAAAUAUCAAUUUAUCGUCAAACUUGUUAGUAUGAGCAAUUUGAGCCACAUGGCCAGUGAAUUGAAAAUAUUUUGAAAAAUCUCUCAAAAGCUUUGUCGUCACAUAAUAAGCAAUUGAUGAGGAAAUCCUGGAAAAAAUCUUUCAGAGAAAAUACUGAGAAUAGAAUAAAGAAGAGCGAGUAGGCAGCGAAGCCUUUCAUCUUUUGUACGGAGAAGUCCCACAUUGCCGAAGAAGUGGGUGUAGCGUCCAAUGACCACUUUGAAAUAUUAGCUCAAUUUGUUGGCCUAUUUAUUCAAACCGUUUCUAUUAGGAUAAAGAAACCUCAAAAUUUYAAUCCUCAACUGCUCAGGAAUUCUUUCAUAUAUAGUUUCAUUAAGGAAAAUGUCAUCGCGAAGCUCAAUUUGUACGAGAUUGAAACCAUCAUUCUUGAUCGAAAAAAGAAAAAAAAUGAAAUUCUGAUAUAAGAAUAUAUCUAGAAAAUCUGAAUGAGCCAAGAAGACUUGCAAAUGUGAAGCCACAAGUCUAUUCUUAACAGGACCACAUUCACCCAUGUUGGCUAAGUACACUCUGCGAUUAAUAAAAAAUGGAAGGAGAAAAAUGCGAAAAUCAAAACAAAGCGUUUGGCAUUCCUCGUGUCAAAAGCAAAGGUUUAUCUCAACUAUGAAAAUGGUAGACCAAAGCUUCUUUUGUWAUUGAAGCUCUCUGACUGAGUUCAAAGGAAUUCGAUUUAUUUGCCGUGAUAUUGGAAAAAGUCACGUCUAAGGAACAGUUGGCGAGAGCGAGGAUUUGAUUGGACGUCGAGGAAAGGAAGGGCCAGGAGCAGCUGACUUGAGCAAAAUCAAAUCUAUGAUCGAUUCUACGAGUCACAUCAUGAAUUAACCAUUCGCAAAGCAGUGGUUUUUCAACAUAAUUUUUUCAGUAGAAACAGCAUUGGAAUGAAUCAGUUUUCUAAUGAAUAACAAAAUCUUACUACGGCAAACGAAAGYACACAGAAAUAUCUCUAAAUGCCGCUUAGUAAGUCUUCCAAUAUUCACGAGUAUUGACUUCUCUUCGUAUUAUUUAAGACUCCAAUUUUUCACACUUCCUCGAUGAUACUUCUGUGUCCACGAAUGUUUUUCUCCAGUGGACCAAUAUUUCAUGGCCAUUUCAAAGAACUACGGUCUUUUGUAGUUCUCRACGGUUUUUUAAAAUUAAUAGUAAGUUUUUAUGCAUGUAGUASAGAGUAGAAUACAUGGGGACAUGGGCAGUCUUUUGCCUUAAGCUUUGGGAACUAUUUAUUGACCGUGUAAUUGCAAAUAUCGAGGGCUUCGCAUUCCAUAUCUAUUAUAAUAUAGAUUUGGAUAGAGAGCAAAGAAGAGACCAAAACAGAACUGAACACGCUAAGUGUGUAUCUAGCUUUGUUUCGAUUUUAGCGAAGACAAAGGAAGAAGAGUAGUAAAAGUCAUGGUCGUGAAGAGUAAUGAAUCAAUGAACAUCUGUUUUUGAAUGAGGCUUUUGUCGUUGAUAGAUUCCACGUGACCUAUACAUUGGAACUUUUUAAAAUGGCUUCACACAUCACGUGAUUGCUGUUUAUAGUACCCUUACACUUCCCCCACUCAUUCCCAUCAUCCUUUGUAAUAUUAGCUCCAUCGAGUCUAAUGUACUGAGAACUUGAGUGGGGAWAGGGAAGGGAAGCUUUGACAGGUUGUCACGUGAUAGCUUAUCACGUGACGUCUAGGUAGUCACGUGAUGUCGAAUAAAUAUUUAUCCAAGAUUUGUCUUGAGUGAAAAACCUUUAAAAAUCGACCACUUAURCAAAACGAAAUCAUUUAAAUAGGAGAUGGGUUUUUGAAUUCCUUUUUUUAAUACUAUAAAAACCAGCACCUUUAAUAAGUUGUGUCUGGAAUGAAAUGGGGUCGGUUUAAAUAGGUUUUCACUUAGGCUUACCGUUUACACGGUACCGGGCGAAUUUUUAACUGGUCAAAAMGUUGUACGUUUAGGAUUUCAGUGAACAUGGAACUGAGCUAUCCGAACAAAAAUCAGUGGCGGAUCCAGGAUUUUUCAAAGGGGGGUUCCGUUUCUUAAACUGUGUAUAAUUCUCUUUUGUUUAGUCGAUGUUUGACAAAACAAUUGGCUCUAAUCACCUAAUUUACUAUCUAGUAACGGAACUUAAAGGUAAAUUAAAAAUUAUAACAGCAAAUAUCUGUCAUUUCGUGUUCAACAUUAUCUUUGUGGAUACUCUUAAGCAAAAUCUAUAUAAGACAUAUUUCUAUWACCUAAAAGAUCAAACCUUCAAGGGGGGCUCCGUGGACCCCUUCGACCUCCCCUGGAUCCGUCACUGAAAAUUCGUACGCUUAGCCGUUUGGUUGGAUCCGAUUCCGUGUUAAAGGUAUGUAGAGAUCAAAUUUUAUAAACGGAUAUUAAGAUUAGUCCGGUACCCUGUAAACGCAGUCUUAGACGGUCGGUGAAAAGAGGUUUUUCCUAUCUUAAUAUAUUAUGACACUACCGGCACGUAUAUGUUCCUAAAGGCAUUCCAUUUCUAUUUAAAGAUGCCAUAUGUCUCUGAUAUAUCUAAUAUAAUAAUAUUAUCUAAUAUUUAUUGAUCAAUACUUGGAUCAAGCCUUCAUACUGUACCGUUUUUUGUUACCAAAAUCGAGUUUGUACAAUUUCUUAUAAUUAUUUUAUAUAUUUGUUUGUUUAAUAGAUCUACACGUUAGGUGUUUCUACAUAACAAAGCCUAAGUUUACGGGGCGACGUAAAUAUAAUAAUUUUUGAAUACCAAAUAACGAGUAAGGCGAGAAUAUGUUCAAAACAACCACAAGCAUUAAAUUAUGUUUCACUUGCCACGGGCAUGCGCAGUUGAUGACGAAGUGAAAUUAAAACCAAUCUCGUACCAAGAGCCUACGUUUCUUCUGGCCUGCGGUGAAGAGCAAAGGCUCUGGCAUAAUCCAUUUUUUUGAGACCAGGACUUCUUGGACUUCCGGUACAAGGGCGCAAGCGCUCAAAAACUUGCCAAAUAUAUAUAUAUAUAUGUAUGUUCCAGAUUUCUAAUAUUUAUUUUGAUCGGAAGUAAACACAGAACUCUGUUUUAAAGCAUGAUAUUUCAUUUUCGAAAAAUUGCGCAUGCGUCAAAAAAUGGUUAAUGCCAGAGCUCUCGUUCUUCGCCGCAGGCCAGAAGAAACGUAGGCUCUGAGUACGAGACUGAAUUAAAGCUAGAAAGGAGUGGGAUAUGGAAUAGAGGCUUUGAACCAUCACGUGAUAUCAGCCAUGACAUAUGGCACGUCUUUUUCUCCCUCGGAAACUGAAUUCUUGCUCAUGUAAAACAGAUUAGACGGGGAUUCAAUUGUUCCUACCUCCUGUCAUGGCUGCCAUCACUUGAUGGUGUAAAACCUAUAUUGGUGCCAAAAGCGAGUUUGAAUCGGAAUCAGGAGAUUUCCAUUUGCUUGGCUUGCGCCGCUUAGAAUGAGCGGUUUUCACUUUUAAUUUCACGAAUGAAGUGUUUUUCAACUUCGAACCCGUCGCAAGUGAAAACCAGAGAUAAAAGACCACUUGCAUGUGACGUCAAAGCAGCUCAAUUUGGAGGACAAAACAAAAGAAUUUUAAUCUCGUGAGGAUUGUGCUGCAUUCCGACGUGCUGAGAGGGUUCAUUAGGUGUAAGGUAAUUAGUAAUCAUCUCCAUGAAACUCGUGCUUGUAUCGAACAUCUUUUCGCCUUUUUUUAGGGACUGGUCUUAAAUUAGCAGGUUGGAAAACCCUUUGAGUGCUGAUCACGUGCUUACAUUCUUCGUCCUCAUUGGCUGUCCCCAUCACCGCAUACUCAAAAAAACCUUGUUUUAGUCCCUCCUCACACCUGGUAAUCCAAAACCAGUCUCUAAGCAACCUUUCUAAAAAAAAACGUCAGUUGCCAUGGAAACCAGCAACAAUUCCAUUGACUUCAGUAUGACGUAUUUUGAGCCCGCGGUACAUGGUUACUAAAAGCGCAUUUGUUGGUUGACUUAAAAAUAAAACUACAAUGUCUAUUGUA